GAUUAUGCAAGCAGUCUGACGUAAUUUGUAAACACACCACAUCUUUGAAAUCAGCCAUGUUCUAGCUCCAGGGUCACUACCGGUCUACCCAGCCAGCCCAGCAACAAGGCCAGACAAGCAACGACAUCGAGUUCCCAAUUAAUAUGAAAAAUAGAAAGCGCGGAUGGAUCCUUUGGAGAGGCCACGAGCCAAUCACAGCCAGGAAUCGCGCUGGUAGUGGGGGAAAUGGGAUAUUCUAGAAGGGAGCUAGUGGUGGGGUGGAGCGAUGAAUCAAUUGAUGUGUCUCCGACUACGGGUGCGGUAUGAGGUUACAGGUACCUACCUGGAUGGGUAGGGGGUUGCUGGAGAAGUAUUUAUAUAUUGGAGAGAGACGGUCUGGUUGCGACCUUCCCUUUUCUAUUCUCAUCUUCUACGAUACAAUAAGAUUACACUCCUGCCUUUGCAUUUCAAGCAGCCACACACUCAAACAAACAGCAAAUCAACCCCUCACAUACAAACACACACAACUCACAAUGUCUGAAGCAACUUUGAAGCUCGGCGACUCCCUCCCCGAGGAUGUCAAGUUCGGCUGGAUUGCCCCUAGCCCCGAGAACGCCGACAUCAAAGCAUGCGGAAUGCCAAUUAUCUACAAUGCAUCCAAGGAAUGGGCCAACAAGAAAGUCGUCCUCUUUUCUCUCCCCGGUGCAUUCACCCCUACCUGCAGCGCAUCGCACUUGCCAGGCUACAUUGCCAACCUCCCUGCUCUCCGCGAGAAGGGCGUCGAUGUCGUAGCGACCAUUGCGUACAACGAUCCUUUCGUCAUGAGCGCAUGGGGAAAGGCCAACGGAAUCCACAAUGAAGAUAUUCUCUUCCUCUCCGACAACCAAUGUGCAUUCUCCAAGCUCCUCGGCUGGACCGACGGCGAACGUACCGGCCGCUACGCUCUCAUCAUCGACAACGGAAAGAUCGUGUAUGCAGAGAAGGAGCCUGGAAGGGGCGAGGUUACUGUUUCCGGAGCCGAGGCUGUUUUGAGCAAGUUGUAGACGCGUGAUGGGAUGGAGGAAUUAAUAAAAUACUAAUACACAUACACAUAGAUGAUUGAGAGCGAAAUUAGAGCAUGAGUUACAGAUUAGAUGGCUGGCUAGACUGGCUAUAUAGAAAUGGAUAGAGGGGAAUACGAUAUAGAUCUCUACUCUAGAGUAUAUGAGUGUUGUUUCGUGAUUAUUCUAGUGAUGCUUUUCCAUCUCUCAUUCCAAUCACAUGCAUCUGUAACAUGGAAUGGUACAAAAUACCUCGAAAUCA